GUACAGCUUUAAACUUACAGUAAGAUUAUAGGUAAGGUAAUUUUACCGCGUGUGCUUAAAACUAUUUAAGAGCUACAUUUGAUUUACUGUUGGACUCGUUUUGAGUUGCGGGCUGUUUGUUUGUUUAUCUGCGGAAACGUAAUGAUGAAGGCUGUGCUGGUGGUGCAUGGCGGAGCAUGGGCCAUACCCGAUGUGUUGGCUGAGGCAUCAGUGGCUGGGGUGAAAGCUGCUGUUCAAGCAGGGAGUGUUAUUCUGAAAAAGGGGGGAAGUGCACUGGAUGCUGUUGAAGUGGCCGUGAGAGUGAUGGAGGAUGAUCCAGUUUUCGAUGCAGGUCACGGCGCUGUGCUGAAUACCGAUGGAGAAGUGGAGCUGGACGCCUUAAUCAUGGAGGGAAAAAUGCUGCAUGCCGGUGCUGUUUCUUCAGUUCGAAACAUUGCUAACCCUGUUAGCCUUGCCCGUGCUGUAAUGGAAAAGACCGAGCAUGUCAUGUUGACGGGCCAAGGGGCGAACCUGUUUGCAGAGAGCAUCGGCGUUCCCACAGUGCCAGCACAGGCUUUGGUGACGGAGCAGGAGAGAAAAGAGUGGGAGCACUACAAAAAGUAUGCUGUUGGUGUCAAAGAGCUUUUCAACUCACAGUGUGGCCAUGACACAGUUGGUGCAGUGGCUCUGGAUGCAUUUGGGAAUGUUGCUUGUGCUACUUCAACAGGUGGAAUCAGGAACAAAAUGGUGGGAAGAGUUGGAGAUUCUCCUUUCAUUGGAUCAGGUGGAUAUGCAGACAAUAGGAGUGGUGCUGUGUCCUGCACCGGCCAUGGCGAGUCUAUUCUGAAAGUCACCUUGGCCAGACUAAUCCUCUUUCACAUGGAACAAGGAAAGUCGACGUGUGAAGCAGCUGAUUGCUCUCUGCAGUAUAUGGCAGGGUGUGUUCAGGGGGGUGGAGGAGCUGUAGUCGUAUCUGCCACCGGAGACUGGAGUGCGGCAUUCACCACCGAACGCAUGGCAUGGGCCGCCUUCAAGGACGAAUAUCUCUACUACGGUUUAAACCCCAAGGAAAUGUUUAAGGAAGCAUUGAAUUGAUAAUGUGUAUGUUGCAAUUUAUUUUAACCAGCUCUGUUUUAAUGCAAAUUAAAUAUGAUAUUUUGUUUGUAAAUGUAUUUUAGGAGCGUAAGGCACUUUUUGUCACAGGACAGCAUGUCUCAGCCAGCGAAGCUGUGACAGCCAUAUUUCUGUACACUAUAUCAUCAACAAUGCUGAAGCAGAUUUAUUGUUUCGUGCGUACUCUUUAUUUUAUGAUCUGCUACAUGAACACAUAUGUUCUACCCAUUUAUGAAAGACUGUUUCAGACACAUCACAUCCUUAAUACAAGUUUAAUUAAUGAUUUUCAUAGUGUGCCAUAUAUAUACUGUACACACAUGAACAGUUUGCAGCAGAAUAAGACAACUCAAUUUUUGCUGUUUGUAGUAAAAAAUAUCAAAUUAAGCAAGAUGUAUUGCACACUUAAUUGUAUGAGUUAUAUAAAUGUGAUUAUUGCCUAAUUUUCCAGAAAGCAAUCACUCCACCUCCCACACUUCGGUCACAAUGGAAUAAUCAGUCAACGGCUGUGUUUGUGGUAAUACACUGUAAAUCCGAAUAAUUUGGCAAAACUUUUAAAAUAAUGAUGUUUUCAGUUUUAAGUAAACGGAACUAUGAGUUUUUGAGUUUGUUGUACUCAUUCAUCGUUCUUUACUUGCAUUAUUGAGUAGCCUAACUUAUACUAUUUAAUAGGAAUCAUCUU